ACAAAUUCGACUUGCUUCAGUGCCCGGAAUCAUUCGAGGACAAGGACUCGACGGCAUGUGAACGCUUUAAUGUGACUCUUUGCUGCUGUGCAACGAGUCCUGUUCCGAGUGGUUUAUAUGGACUUCAUACAUAAGUAUGAGACGUCCCAUUGACAGACCUGCACCAAAAUGCGUCCCUCAACCGGAGUAACCAGGCUCGUCGCGCUGACCGGUAUCUGGCUGGGCUUAGCCUCUUCUCUUCCCAGCUCAGGCAAAGACGACCCAGAUGUUAUCACGCGCGAUGUGGCCAUAAUCGGCGGCGGCGCCUCGGGCACAUAUGCCGCCGUCCGCCUCAAGCAACUAGGCCAGAGCGUCGUCUUGAUCGAGCAAGAAGACCGACUCGGCGGGCAUACAAAGACAUACGACGACAAUGGGACUCCCAUCGACUACGGCGUGUGGGUGUACGCCAACACCACCGAGGCCCGCAACUUCUUCGCCUACCUCAAUAUUCCGACGACAGUGCAGAAUUUUAAUAGAGACCCAGGCAGGAACCAGAGAUAUGAUUUCCGCACCGGCGAGUUUGUUCCUCCGCCGAGUGGGAACGUUACAGAUGCGAUGAUGCGCUAUGUUCUGCUUCUGAUGCAGCAUCCGUAUCUUGAAGACGGGUGGGAUCUUCCUGAUCCUGUGCCAGAGGAUCUUUUGCUGUCGUUUCGGGACUUUAUAGAGAAAUAUGACCUUGCUGCAGCGGUGGAGACGCUCACGCUGUACGUCCAAGGACUCGGGGACAUACUUGACUGCCCCACUGUCUAUAUCAUGAAGUAUUUCAACAUGAACGUCGUCCAAGGCAUCCAGUCAGGCUUCUUGAGACCUGCCAGCUUCAAUAACUCGCAAACCUACGGCGCGGCUGCCGCAAAUCUAGGCGAUGACCUGUUGCUCAGCAGCACAAUACUCCAAAUGAACCGCUCUACUUCGGACGACAAGGUGGGCAAAGAGAGCACCACAGGUUCCAAGACCGACUACCCCCAAACAAUCCUCGUCCGCACCCCAUCAGGCCUUAAAACCAUCCAAGCAAGCAAAAUCCUCAUAACAAUCCCGCCGAUCCUGGCAAACCUUAACGCUUUCGACCUCGACGCCCGCGAGUCCCACGCCUUCGCCAAAUUCCGCGCAACCACCUACACAACUUCCAUCCUCCAGAUUACCGGCCUCCCCCAGACGAUCCAGUUCGUCAACAGCGGCACAGACACCCCUUACAACAUCUGCCCGGUACCAGGGACAUACGUCCUCGUCCCGACGUCCGACCCAACCCUCCGACUCGCAUUCUUCGGCGGCGGCGGUGGCAGCGACGCCGACACCAAUAGCAAAAGAGGGGACGGAGACGGGGACGGGGACGAACUCCCAUUCGACACAAUCCGGCACAUAAUGACCGAUAACGUGCUAUCGCUGCGCAACGCAGGCUACGACGUCUCCGUCCCCGAGAUCCGGGCCUACGGGAACCAUUACCCGUUUGGAUUGCGGGUGAGCGCGGAGGAGAUUGCGGAUGGGUUUUAUAGGGACUUGUAUGGGUUGCAAGGGUAUCGGGGGACGUAUUACUCUGGGGCGGCGUUUCAUGCGCAUAACUCUGGGGCGUUGUGGAGAUUUACCGAGAGGGUUAUUACGGAGUAUGGGUUGGCUGGAUGAUGAUUUCGAUAUCUUAUGCGCUGAGGGUGGGGUUGAGCUUGGACAGACUGGUUUGUUGCUUUAUUAGGGUGAUUAUUGACAUGGGGAAGUAGGAUAGUUGGCCUGUUGAUAUAAGGCAGUUAUAGCGUAAGGUAUGCAGAUGUUGGCCUACAUCUACACUUCAUCUACUAUACUUGUCGUGGAG